AUGGCCAAUUUUCUGUAUCUAAACAUCUGCGAUGGUCCAGCCUUUGUUAAUGGCGACGUAGUUAAUGCUCAAAAUAGGGGGAAACCCCGUGAAAAAUCCAAGCAAGCCAUCUUAAGGCAAAGACAAGUCUCAUCUCUUUUGCCUGUUACUGCCCGGUUGAGGAUAGUGUAUAUUCUUUCCUGUAGUCACUGUCAAGAGCGAGAAAGGUUUGUGCGCAAUUUUAAUUGCCAGGAUGACGAGGCCGUGUAGAUAAUCAUUAUAUAGAAUCAAGCGAAUUCCCAAGUUCAGUAGAGUUUGCCAACACAGGCUUAAUAAUUUUUGCAAACGUCCAGGGGGCACUGGCGAGCCCAAAUAUGAGACAUGCAGAUUGGCAUAGAGUUUCUGUCGAGAUGAAAAAAAAUAACUAAAAGUCAGGAUUUGUUUGUUUGGUUUGAACGGCUGUUAUUGCUUUAAAGCACAGUGCGUGAGAUUGUAUUAUUUAGCUAGUGACGUAACAAUGCAAAAACAUGCGAAGCGAUCAGAAAUAAAAGUACACAUACUUUGAUAAAAUUUGUUUGACACACAGGGGUGGACCUAGGGGCAGGGUGCAUGGUCUUCUCUCCUCUUUCUCUCUCCACCUUAAACGAUUGUUUCUCAGUGCAUUUAUAACUCAUGGAUACUGACUCUCCGUGACCCUUUGAAAAUACGUCUGAUUGAAAAAACGUCGCUUGAAACGUCUAAACCAUGAACGAUGGGAUCGAAUAGAUAAAUCGGUAGAACGGGACGGUUGCCAUUGCAAAUUUAAAGUUCGCUCUAGAAACGUUUACAUUAUCGAAGCUUUUCGCGACGAUGCAUUCCAAAAAAGGUCAAACGGUUUUCAGUUUUCUUGGUGAUAAGCUCACAACUUUACCUGUGCAGGGCACAUCAGAGGUCUCUACACUUAAAGAGCGUACCCAUGUCGCUUACGCACACUUGAAAAUCAUAACGACCUAAAGGCUUUCUAGGAAGACAUAAAUAGAAAACAAAAUACUCUGGGAUUCGCACCCAUACGAGCAGCUCGUGACAAAUGUAAACUUUUCUUGUACGAACUUUGAAUUUGCUUAGUUAAUGAACGUAUACCCAUAAAUCCUUGAAGCCUCAUCGUUUAUGGUUUAUACUUUUUAAGCGACAACGUUUUUUCAAUCAAGUAUAUACAGUCAAUUGGAAAUUGGUCCUUUCUUCUUUAUUUUAAGUCGACAAUGACUACAUCCAGGCUUCGCAUUUUGAACUAUUUCAUGUUUUCUGUUUCCAUCGAUGUUCUUUCUUAAAUUGAUCUGAAUUGAAGAUUAUUCAUGAUUACGCAGUUGAUCGAAACACAUCGGACUACUUAUGUUUUCAAUCUUUUCCACCCUUUUUAAUGUAAAUAAUAACAGUGAAAUUACAGUACAAAAAAUACAAGAAAAAAAAUGUAGAAGGUUUUUUGACUGGACCGCAUGCCUUAACUAGCCUUAACUUCAAACUUAACGCCACAAUUUCACAUUAUUUGUCAGUGAAAGAAAAUUCAACCUGUUCUGUCAGUCGUUUGUAUAGUCGAUAUUAUUUAAUGUAUCAAAAAAAGAGUAGAUGACUAUUUGAUAAGAAGACGAAACCUACUUGAUUAACUUAUAUUUUAAAGCCAGACUGAGAAUUUCAUCGGUAAAAUAGCCUUAGUGCUAUUCCGCUGUUAGGAUGCCAACAUAAGCGGCGCGGAGCAGGGGCCAGGGGGCGCCGAAGACCCAACCCACACAAAAAUUUGUGGGAGCGGGGAUACAGCCCCCUACGUUUUGCUGCCGACUAAAAUCGCUAGCGACUGUGGCAUUGGCGACAUCUAUCAGAGUGCACAUUUUCUGCCCUCAGACGACUCAAGAACUACCUAA